AUUGAUCCUUCUAGCGAAUAUUAUGCAUUGGUUUUGCAAUCUGUUGAUGAGAAAUUUUCUGAAGCAGAAGGAAUUAAGUACCGGCAUGACAAUGAUAUUGCGCAUCUUGAUUUGCAUACUAGGAGCGUUAUGGUUUGCGAAGGAAAGAAGUUAAUUGAAGGUUUUGGUCCUUCAGUUUCAACCUCAAUAACUCUAAAAAAGCCAACAUAUAAGAUUAUUAUU